UGGGUACGAGGGACGGCCGUAUAUCGAAUACUCUGUGUUGACGUUACAACCAAGCAAGAAGAGAAUAUGGCAGGUGAUGACGAUGGCUCGGACCAUUACAUCCAAGACGACGACAAAUUCCAAGGCCAUUGGCGUUGAGAAUCAGCUCCAGGAAUGCUUCGAGUGAAGUGGGGGUAAGUGGGGGAAGGGAGGGUCAGCAGAUCAGUAGCCCUGGAGCCAGAAGUGGUAGUCCAGCGUGCGAAAAAAGAUGAUGCAGUACUCAAUGAAGGCUCCGAGGAGGUAGAUGGCGAGACCGCCGUUGAUGACCACCGUCAAGACGUGGGCUAUGAUGAGCUCCAUGGGGAAUGACAAAGACGAUAUCAGAAUGCUGAUUUGGUCAAUGGUUUUGAUGGACGGGCUGGGGGGAGAGGCCCCAAACUUGUGGGGCCGACGUAAACAUUCGUCCCGACAAGUCGGUCUGUCCGGUUCCAU